AGUCAGUUCGAUUCGAUUUGCGGUGUGUAUGUAACCUUCCAAAAAAAAAGGUCGGUGUGUGUCGGGCGAUUAUUACUAAAUUAAUUUCGAACGAAAAACUGUCGAGUUUUUAAUAGAGCAGACAGUUUUUUGCACACAAAUCGAAACGCUUUAGAGAAACCUUAAUAACGUUUCCUAUCAUUUGAAAAGAUCCUUAGUUGAUCGAAAAUAUUUGUUUUCGUGUGUAAUUUAUAGAGUGUGUCAAGAUGCUGAGGACAAUUGCAGCACGCAACGAACUCGUGCUAUUGCGUGGAACAGCGCUGGCACGCGCCAGACCAGCACGUGAAGCCAUCCGUGUAAUGGGCGCACAAGUCGCAAGGAAUUUGCAGACACUCAGAUUCGUGCCCAAAUCUCAUGUGGCAACCGUCCCAAAGCCAUUGGGCAUGUGGAGUACAAACUUCGCUCGUAACUAUGCCGACCUGCCAUCGCACAUCAAAGUGCCAUUGCCGGCAUUAUCACCCACCAUGGACCAGGGUACCAUCAUCAGUUGGGAGAAAAAGGAGGGUGACAAAUUGAACGAGGGUGAUCUUUUGGCCGAAAUCGAAACUGACAAGGCUACAAUGGGUUUUGAAACACCUGAGGAAGGUUAUUUGGCGAAAAUUGUCAUACCAGCCGGUACUAAGGAUGUCGCCAUUGGUAAACUAGUGUGCAUUAUUGUACAGGAAGAAGCUGAUGUAGCAGCAUUCAAGGACUUUGUUGACGAUGCACCUGCUGCUGCCAAACCAGCUGCCGCGGCACCACCACCACCAGCUGCUGCUGCUCCUGCUCCCCCACCAGCUGCUGCUGUUUCAGCUCCACCACCACCACCACCAGCACCCGUGGCGGCUGCACCUGCCGGUGGUAAGCCUAUGACCGCCGUUGAACAACGCGGUGAACGUGUUUAUGCCAGCCCUAUGGCUAAGCGAUUGGCCGAAGCACAAAGUCUGCGAUUGCAAGGCUUAUCAGCGGCCGCACCAGCGGUCGGCGCACCAGCAGCGGGUGUUGCUGCACCACAGGGAGGCUACAUUGAUAUACCCGUCUCAAAUGUACGCGGCGUAAUUGCGAAACGUUUGAAGGAGUCGAAACAGCAAAUACCUCACUACUAUGUCACCAUGGAGUGCAACAUGGAUAAGCUACAAAAACUGCGUGAAAAGGUAAAUAAGAAGUACGAAAAGCAGGGUGUACGCGUGUCAGUCAACGACUUCAUUAUUAAAGCCGUGGCCACAGCAUGCCGCAAGGUACCAGAAUCCAAUUCAUAUUGGAUGGAAAGCGUGAUAAGACAAUUCGAUAAUGUUGAUGUUUCGAUGGCAGUUUCCACUGACACUGGCCUCAUCACGCCAAUUGUCUUUGGAGCUGAUCGUAAAGGUGUAAUUGAUAUUUCCAAAGAAACGAAAUCAUUAGCUGCCAAGGCCAGAGAAAAUAAGUUGAAACCUCAAGAAUUCCAAGGUGGCACCGUUUGCGUAUCCAACCUGGGAAUGAUGGGCGUUUCACAAUUCUGCGCCGUCAUAAAUCCGCCACAAUCCUGCAUUUUGGCAAUUGGCGCCACCACAAAGAAACUUGUGCUCGAUCCCGAUAGCCUCAAAGGUUUCAAGGAAGUCAGCGUUAUGAACGUUACACUCAGUGCAGAUCAUAGAACUGUUGACGGCGCUGUUGCUGCUAAAUGGUUGCAAUACUUCCGCGAUUUCAUAGAGGAUCCACAGACAAUGAUUCUUUAAGUUAAGCAACUCUAGAAAAAUACCUUCAUAUGAUAAUUAUAUACAAAACUACAUUCAGUUAAGCAUAAUGCAGAAGGAAAGGCAGAAGAAGAAUGACAACAUACAUACAAUACAUACAUACAUAUAUGUACAAGCGCCGCACACCAUCACAAUCAGUUCGGCGCCUGAAAACGCAGCGUGAGAAUUUGACCACCAAUACCAAUACCAAUAGAAAACCCUUUGUAUAUAAAAUAUAUGCGAUUAUGUGGAGUUAAUUUCUUGUUUGCUUACAUACAUACAUAUACAUAUACAUAUAUAUUUUUUAUAUUAUGUAUUACUUAAUUGGUCUUGGAUCAGCUUAAUAUGUGAUUGAUUGAUUAAAUUUAGUUUGAUUAUUUUU